UUCACUCCACCCACUGCGUUAAAUGUGAAAGUGAACGUAAACAUUGCGUAUAGUUUACUGCAAGGUCACAGCAAGGAGAGAGAGAGAAAAUAUACAGAAGCGGCGAAAGUAUGGACGACAUGCAUAGAAAAUCUGCAAGUGAACAUUCAGACCAGGAACAUCUCAGGAAACAGAUGGAAAGGCAGGAAGAGAUGAAAGGACUGAUACAACAGAUUGCUAGAGAAAGUUCAAACAUUGAUCUCAGGAUUGUGCUGUUGGGUAAAACUGGAUCAGGAAAGAGUUCAGCAGGAAACACCAUCAUCGGCGACUUUGUGUUUAAGAGUGGUAUGUCAUCUAAGUCUAUUACUAGUCAUUGUCAAAGACAUCUGACAACAGUGGAGGACAGAAUCAUCUCAGUGAUCGACACUCCAGGAAUGUUUGAUACGUACAUGAGUGAAGAACAACUGAAAGCUGAAAUAGCUAAGUGUGUCUACAUGUCUGCUCCUGGUCCUCAUGUAUUUCUGCUGGUCAUGAGACUGGACGCGAGAUACACAAAUGAGGAGAAAAACACAGUGAAAUGGAUUCAGGAGAACUUUGGAGAAGAAGCUACUCGAUACACAAUCAUUCUGUUCACUAGAGGAGAUCAGCUGAAGGGACAAACAUUAGAUGAUUAUAUCAGUGAAAAUAAUGAUCUCAAGGCUCUUGUUAAUGAGCGUGGUGACAGAUAUCAUUUAUUCAAUAAUGAAGACAUGAAGAACCGCUCUCAGGUCACUGAACUGCUGGAGAAGAUCGAGAAGAUGGUGAAGGAGAAUGGAGGACAGCACUACACUAACGAGACGUAUAGAAAAGCCCAGGAUGAAAUUAAAUGGGAGGCUCAGAAACAAAGAUCUAAAGGUUAUGGAAUAAAAGCACUAGCAGUAAUAGGAGGGGCAACAGUAGUAGCAGGAACAGGAGCAGUAGCAGUAGCAGUGGCAGGAGGAGCAGGAGCAGUAGCAGCAGUAGCAGGACGAGCAGCAGCAACAGUAGGAGCAGCAGUAUUAGGAGCAGCAAAAGCAGGCUUGAAACUGUAACGCACAGUUACUCUAAAUGACAAAAAAAGAAAAGAAAUAUUCUUCCGAUAGCUGUGUGGGGAGCACAUCAUGUGGCACAGUUGUGCUACCCGAGUUUGAGUCCUUGCUUGUGGUCCUUUUCACAAUUCUCCUGCUUCGCUUCCUGUCAAAUCUCUAUGCUUGCCAGUCCAAAUAAAUGUCGCAAAUAUUAAUAUGCCGUUUCUAAAUGUCUAAUCAGUUCUUUGCAAGCACAUGCAGAUUUAAUAGAGGGACUGAGUUGUUUGUAAAAUUUUUGCAAGCAUUGUAUUAAAUGUUUUCAUUAUUUUUGUCAUUGUAUUGAAGUUUAUUUGGCAUUGCAAUUCUUUUUGUUUACUUUUCUAAUACGCUUCAACUUCACUUGCUUAUGCUGCGUUCAAGUCAUGUCGGAUAGAUCGUAUUUACAAGUUGAAUGCACAUGAACACC